UUUCUUGUUGAAACUCAAUUAAUAAUAUAUAUCUGUCUAUCUGUCAUGGAGCUGAAUGACAGCCACGGUGACAGAAAGGUCAAAGAUGAGGACACAGCGGAGACACCGCCGCUUCGGUCCGGGGUCGAAGUGCCUGGUAGCUUUGUGGCUACAGCGGGGCUGGAGUGCGAUCCUGGCGGCGGACGCGCUCACACAGAGCGGCCAGUGUCGAACUCGAGCUCGGGGAGACAGAGGAUCGACUCGCUAAAGAAAAACAGGCCGCCUUUCCCAUGGUUUGGAAUGGAUAUAGGUGGUUCUUUGGUGAAGCUGGUUUACUUUCAGCCCAAAGACAUCACAGCAGAAGAGGAGCAAAAAGAGGUAGAAAGUCUAAAAAGUAUUCGUCGUUACCUCACCUCACACACCGCCUAUGGCAAAACUGGCAUCCGAGACGUGCACCUGGAACUCCCAGACCUGACUCUGUGGGGACGCAGGGGCAGCCUGCACUUCAUUCGCUUUCCCACGCAAGAUCUACCAGCUUUCCUGCAGAUGGCUCGAGACAAGCAUUUCUCCAGCCUGCACACCUUUCUCUGUGCCACUGGCGGGGGCGCAUACAAGUUUGAGGCUGACUUCCGCACAAUGGCAGACCUCCGGCUUCUGAAGCUGGAUGAGUUGGACUGUCUGAUUAAGGGUGUCCUUUUCAUUGACUCAGUGGUACCAAGCAGGUCUCCAGAGUGUUACUACUAUGAGACCCCCAAAGACACUGAGCUGUGCAAACAGAAACCCUACAAUCUGGAGAACCCCUACCCUCUGCUUCUGGUCAACAUCGGCUCUGGGGUCAGCAUACUGGCCGUCUACUCCAAUGAAGACUACAAACGUGUCAGUGGUUCCAGUUUGGGUGGUGGCACUUUCCUUGGACUGUGUUGCUUGCUCACUGGCUGCUCCACCUUUGAAGAGGCACUGGAGCUGGCUUCAAGAGGAGAAAGCUCUCAUGUGGAUAAACUGGUCAGAGAUAUUUACGGAGGUGACUAUGAAAGAUUUGGCUUGCCAGGAUGGGCUGUUGCUUCUAGUUUCGGGAGCAUGAUGUGCAAAGAGAAGCGAGAUGCCGUCUCAAAAGAGGACUUGGCUAGAACCACGCUUGUCACCAUCACGAACAACAUAGGCUCAAUCACACGCAUGUGCGCCCUAAAUGAGAAAAUUGAGAGAGUGGUAUUUGCUGGGAACUUCUUGCGAGCGAACACGUUAUCCAGGAAGUUGCUGGCGUAUGCGUUGAACUACUGGAGUAAAGGCCAGCUUAAAGCGCUGUUCCUCAGACAUGAGGGCUACUUCAGCGCAGUUGGUGCACUGUUGGAACUGUUGAACUCGUCUUGAUCAGUGCUAUGACCUCAAGACUACAACCAAAAGUCUCAGUAACUCUGGAUGUUUAUCACAGAUGCUUUUAUGAUUAUCCCAUGAGAAGAAGUAAUGCUUUGUAUUAGUAACAGAGCUGAACGCCUACUUUGGUGCCUCAUUAUGCACUCGGACACUAAGUGUCAGUCUCUCAGGCUUCCCCUUGCCCUUGUCUCACAGGGACGGGGCUUCUUAGCCCUGCGUGAAGAAAACUGCCUGCGUGACUUCUAAACUUAGGACCUCAAUACAUAUACCUCUAGCACACAGGCAAAUAAAUGAAGCUCUGCUGCUUAUUCUGAGUUAAGUUCACAGUCAUUCACUGUAAUGU